UUACUUGGGCUGUUAGUUUGCAGCGCAUCGAGUUGCGUGCACGGGCACAACGUGGCUGCAAGUUGUAACUUGUAACAACCAAUAGGGUUGCGUCUAGAAAAAUUCUCACACUAUUUUAUAACGCACAUAGUUUCUUCUGAUAAUAAUUUUUCUGUCACUACCCACUCCUUUCUCUGUCUCCAUCGUUUCGCAUUGCACAAGCACUCUCUCUUUCCCUUACCCUUUUUCAGGUUUCAACGCUCCAACUAUCCAUGGCAAACCGCUGGCUCAGACCCGAGGUGUAUCCACUGUUCGCUGCGGUUGGUGCUGCUGUUGGGAUCUGUGGAUUCCAACUGGUUCGUAAUAUCUGCAUCAACCCUGAAGUCAGGGUGAACAAGGAGGGAAGGAAGGCAGGAGUUUUGGAGAACUUUGCUGAGGGAGAGAAGUAUGCCGAGCACUUCCUGAGGAAGUAUGUGCGCAACAGAACUCCGGAGAUUAUGCCCUCCAUCAACAGCUUCUUCGCUGACACAAGUCGCAACUAAGUUGCUUUGAAUAAACAAAGGUUAAUGUGAGAUAUUAAUUCUAUUGUGGUUACAAACAGAUUUUAUCAUGCAUUUGUAAAACUAAAUUUGGUUGUUGCUUUCUCUAGCCGUACAGUGGGUUUGCUGUGGUUGAGAAUAAUAAUACUGAUUUUAAUGCAUUAAUGAUGGCUGCUGUUUCAAUGCCCACUA